UGUUUUUUUAAAAAAAAAAGGGCGGCAGAGAUACUAUUGCCUGGAACAAAGGAAGUAGGGACUGGGCUGCCUGCCUGCGUUCACCCUUGCGGCAAAAAUGGCAGCUACAAGUUUCCACUGGAAACUCUGGUGGACCUUCGUCUUCCUCUGCUGCUCCUCGUCUUCCUCGUCGCGCCCUCCGGUCUCCUCCAACAGCAGCAGAGGCGUCAUCAGCCAUCUCCCAGGCUUCCAGGGACGCCUCCCCUUCUACCUCCAGACAGGCUACGUCGAGGUGGACCAGAGCAAUGGCAUCCGCCUCUUCUACUACUUCAUCCACUCCGAGCGGAGCCCCGCCGACGACCCUCUCGUGCUCUGGCUCACCGGCGGCCCCGGAUGCUCUGUGCUCACCGCUCUCGCCUACGAGAUCGGUCCUCUUCGCUUCGACCUCCACAGCUACAUCGAUGGUGUGCCCAGGUUGGUGCACAAAAAGGAUUCAUGGACCAAGGUCAGCAAUGUCAUUUUUCUUGAUUCUCCUGUUGGCACUGGCUUUUCAUAUUCCGACACGGAGCAAGGAUACCAGUCAAGUGAUACCAAAGCUGUCAAGCAAAUUCUCAUCUUCCUGAAAAAGUGGUUUGAUGAGCACCCAGAGUUCUUGUCAAAUCCUCUUUACAUCGCCGGUGAUUCGUACUCUGGUAAGAUCGUGCCAACUGUCACCUCUGAAAUCGCCAUAGGUAAACAAGUUGGCAGUGAACCAAAUUAUAAUCUAAAGGGCUACCUCGUGGGCAAUCCAGUCACAGAUCCUUUCUUUGACAAGCCAUCGAAAAUCCCAUUUUCUCAUGGGAUGGGUCUCAUAUCGGACGAAAUGUAUGAGGCGUACAUGAAGAGAUGCAAUGCAGGUGACAACAGCCGCCAAAGCAUUGAGUGCACAAACAGCAUUGACGCCAUAGAUGAGUGCAUCAAGGACAUAUGCUCGAACCAUGUUCUGGAGCCCCUCUGCACCGAUGAUAGUAUUCAUCAUCACAAGCUCAAGCCAAAGCUGAAUUUAGGUGCGCGGGAGAUGCUCCAGCGCCAGGAGUACAAUGCAGAUACAGAGAUUCGCUUGUCUGAGAUUUCAUCACAGUGCAGAGCGGAAGGAUACAUAAUGUCCGGGACAUGGGCAAACAAUGACAAAGUAAGAGAGGCUCUUGGUAUUCGCAAGGGAACUGUUCCUUUGUGGUCAAGGUGCGACUUCGACAUACCUUACACUUUUGAUAUUCCAAGUACAGUGAAGUACCAUCUGGAUGUGACCACCAGAGGCUACAGGAGCCUUGUUUACAGUGGUGAUCAUGAUCUGGUUGUCCCUUUUAUCGGUACACAAGCCUGGAUCAAGUCUCUUAAUUUCUCUGUUGUGGAUGAGUGGAGGCCAUGGUUUGUCGACGGGCAAGUUGCAGGAUUUACGAGGUCAUACUCUAAUAACCUCACAUUUGCAACGGUGAAGUCUGAAGAUUGGUGUUUCAGAUCAUGUGAUAGCCAGGAAGAUUGGCCUUACAUACAUUUCUCUGUAUAUUAUGGCUUGGAUCACAGGGUGGUGGACAUACUGCUCCAGAGUACAUGCCAAGGCAGUGCUUUGCUAUGUUUGAAAGGUGGGUAUCUGGUGACCCCCUUUGACGGCCUACUUGGAGCUCAAGGGGUAAAAAUCGGUGAGAAAAAGAAAAGAUGAAAGCCGUGUAUACGUGAGUCCAAGUUAUAUAACUAUGACUGUGGAUGUGUAAAUGGUAGAUCAGCAACUACAAAUCUACAACUCAAUGUAAGACACAUCAAGUACCUCGACAAAAUGCUGCCUAUGAAAAAAGAACAUGUAUUCUUACUAUUUCUAUUCAGAAGAAAAUAUAAAGUACUACAUAUCUAUAUAAAUAAA